CGAACAGAUGGGAGGAGCACCGCAGUCCCGACCAAGGAAGCAGUUUAUCGGUACGGCAGGGAACAACAUCAGAUCGGGAAGGUUUCGGAUCAUCUCCUCAGCCAACUUUUGCGCUCCGGUUUUAGGCCUGAAUGGGACUGUGCCUGUAUUCUGAGAAAUAAUAUAUUGAGAAAAGAAUGAUUUUUAAGAAGAAAAGAAUUUGGAUGAGCUUCAUUAAUUAAAGAGAAUGAGAACCUAAUACAUGCAACCUUUUUUGGAAGUGAGCCCAAAGUCAUGUUUUAUGCAGCAAUGCAAAAUUUGGAAGACAACAUGUUAAGAUUGGGACUUGUAGUGACUCUUAUUGAAGUCCUUUCUAUGCCUGUAAUACAUGGGCACAGCUCUUUUACCUGUGAGCCAAUCAAAGUUCUUUACUGUCUUACUGUUCACUAUAACAUGACAUAUUUUCCCAAUAUAAUGGAACACUAUGAUCAAGAUAUUGCUGCCAGUAAAAUGGAGCCUUUUGCUCCACUUAUCAAACUACAGUGCUCUCCCGAUGUACAAACCUUCCUGUGUCAGGCGUUCCUUCCUGAGUGUACAGAACAUGUAAGAGUGAUCCACCCCUGUCAAGGCCUGUGUGAACGUGUUCACUUUGACUGUAGACAAUUGAUAGAAACAUUUGGAAUUGCUUGGCCUCCUGAGCUUCAGUGUGAGAGACUGGAAAAAUGUGUGGAUCCACAGUUGGCCUCGUCUGCCCCAUCUACUAAACUUCUCAUCACCCAGAUGCCUUCUCGGUCUGUGCAGAGAGAAUAUGGAUUCUGGUGCCCUAGACAGUUAAAAACAUUGUCAUCUACUUUUCUGAGUGCAAGUGAUUGUGCACCACCCUGCCCUAACAUGUUCAUUAAGGCCGAGGAUGUAGAGUUUACCAAAACUUUGAUCGGAAUCUUUUCCAUCAUCUGCCUAUGUGCCACCUUGUUUACUUUUUUCACUUUCUUGAUUAAUGUCCAAAGAUUUCGUUACCCAGAGAGACCCAUUAUCUUCUAUGCAGUAUGCUAUAGUUUUGUAUCAUUAAUCUAUUUUAUUGGUUUCCUCUUAGGUAACAAUAUCUCAUGCAACAGGGCAAGUGAAAAAAUAGGCAACAUGGAGACAGUAGUCCUUGGUUCACAGAAUAAGGCCUGCACUAUUCUUUUCAUGCUACUUUACUUCUUCUCCACAGCAGGGACAAUUUGGUGGGUUAUCUUAACUAUCACCUGGUUUUUAGCAGCAGGCCCCAAAUGGAGUUGUGAAGCUAUUGAGAAAAAAGCAUUGUGGUUUCAUUCUGUUGCAUGGGGUAUACCUGGCGUGCUGACUGUCAUGCUUUUGGCCAUGAACAAAGUGGAAGGUGACAACAUUAGUGGAGUAUGCUUUGUGGGCUUAUAUGACUUGGAUUCCUUGCGCUAUUUUGUCCUAGCCCCUUUGUGCAUCAGUGUUGUGUUGGGACUCUCCAUGCUCCUAGCUGGCAUCAUUUCACUUAAUCAUGUACGGCAGGUCAUCCAGCAUGAUGAAAGAAAUCAGGAAAAGCUGAAGAAAUUCAUGAUUCGCAUUGGAAUCUUCAGUGGCCUUUAUUUACUUCCUCUGGUUAUUCUUUUGGGUUGCUACUUUUAUGAACAAGGCUAUCGAUCAACUUGGGAAACUACUUGGAUCUACGAUCAUUGCAAAGACUACCAUAUACCCUGCCCUUACCAGGUAAAGAAUUUAACAAAGCCGGAGUUGUCCUUUUUCUUGGUGAAGUAUUUCAUGACACUGAUUGUUGGCAUCUCUGCAGUCUUCUGGGUUAGCAAUAAGAAGACCUGUACAGAAUGGGCAUUUUUCUUCAACAAAACACGCAAAAGAGAUCCUAUCACUGAAAGUCGGAGAGUGCUACAAGAGUCAUGUGAGUUUUUCCUGAAGCAAAAUUCAAGAGUGCAACAUAAGAAGAAGUACUAUAAAUCAAACUCUCAUAAAUUAAAGGUCAUCUCCAAAUCAAUGGGGACCAACACCGGGGCUAGUGCCAACCAUGGCACAUCAACAGUGGCCAUUGCUAAUCAAGACACUCUUGCUCAGACCACUUUUUCUGAAGUUGGGACUAACCCAGAUGCUUCUGGGAGGGUGCCAAUGGAACAGGGAGAAUGUGUUAAAAUGUACCCUCUUUUACCAAAAUCUGGAGAUCGAGAAGCCACUGGCCAGACCAAGCCUACACGUGAUUUAUCUGCAGAUAUGGACAGAAGAAAUAAAGCUGGGAGUUCUGGCAAAAUGAGCAACUUAUCAGAGAGUCUUCAACGAGUUCCUGAUGGAAGGCUGACCCCCCAAAGUGAUUUUGCAGAAGGUCGACCCGUCUACACAGGACAAGGGUAUUUAGGAUCUAGUAUCAAGGGAUCUACCACAUUGCCAGUGUAUGUGUUGUCAGAUGACAGAAAUAUGGAUAAGAGCUGUUCCAAUGCCUGAACACUUCAAUGAAUGAGCAGCCUGCAACCAAGUUUAUUUGACUAUGUAAAUAAUCGACAUUUGUGGCUGAGCAGAGACUUGCAGCUGGCCUUUGACAGAUAGAUUAGUGCCUAGAUUAGCAGGAUGUAGGGCUUUAAGGGUUUUAGGUGGAUUUAAAUAAGCUUUGUAAGUAAUCAUAAAGAUUUACAUUAGAUUUUCUGUAGUCUUUACACUGAAUUUUCGUGGGGAGUAUACACAGAGUUGCACUACUACAGUUUAGAAUUAAGAAAAAAUAAAGAAAAGCAGUUUUAAGAGUGCCUGCUCUGCAAGCUAUUUUUGCUACUUAUUUUUCAAAAUUAAUUUUUAUAGUCUCUUAUGAGUCAUAUUCUUAUGUUUUAUAUGUAUAUGUUAAAACCACUGGUUAAAUCAUUUAUAACUAAAGCUUAUAUCAUCUUAAAAGAACACAGUCAUAAGAUUUAUGGAAAUGUUUCUACUCAGAUGACUUUUAAAUUACUGAACUAUGCAAAAAUAAAUUUUAGCUUUGAAAUGUACCCAGGUGGUAAGCUAAACAAAAAGGUAAUAAACCAUUUGUAAAUUUCGUAAAAAUAAGAGACAUUAACAGUUUAAUGUUGGUCCAUUAAUCUGUAAAUUUGAACUCAUCAAGUAAUGAGAAAUAACUCAGCUUUGAGCAUUCAAAAUUGCAUGUGACAAGUCCAAUCCAAAUGUUCUCUUACAGUCCUGGGGCUGGAUAUGAAAAAAACUGAGAUUUAACUGGUAAUAAUAAAUCUAUCAAAAGCAUAUAUAAUCAAGAUGGAAUGCACGUUCAGUGGAUUGGCAAUUCUAAAUUGGCCUUAGUGUGUGCUUGGUGUGUGGGUGUGUUUGUGUGUGUCCUGUGGUGGGUUGGCACCCUGCCGAGGAUUGGUUCCUGCCUUGUGCCCUGUGUUGGCUGGGAUUGGCUCCAGCAGACCCCCGUGACCCAGUGUUCGGAUUCAGUGGGUUGGAAAAUGGAUGGUGGAAUAUGUAUUGUACUAAUGGCAUUGGACUGAAUCAAUAAAACAGAUCAUCCUCCCCUCAAAGAAAUUAGCUUUAUGCUGAAAGAAGUGCACCUGGUAUGCGUCAUGUAUUUACUGCAUACAGCAUGUGCAAAUUCACAAAACCAAGAUACAUUUUGGAUAUGUUAGUGUUAUCGGGUGAUGUAACAUUGCAAACACUUCAGUGUUGUACUAAGUAAUAAUAAGUUGAACAAUUGUUGUAUUUGAGCAAAUGAAGAUGUGAUUUUUUGGGGUGUAUUCAGCUAUGCUUAAUAUUUCUCCCUAUCUUAUUUUUGUGGUGAUCAUUUCUUUAAACAUGUGUAUUUAGAUUUUUUUCAUUUCCCAUGAAGGUGUGAGGUUUUAUCUCAUUAAGAAAAGCUGCUCACUCUUUUUGUGCUGCACUUUUUGCAUAUAUAUCUCCACCUCCUUUCUGCCCCCAAAUGUUGAUUAUCUUCUAAUUAAUUUUAAAUGUCAUCAUAGUCAGUAGGCAUCCUGAAAUUACUUAAAAAAUCAUGUAUAAUACUUCAAAAUAAGAGUCAGCUAUCCAACUGGAGAAAUGGAAGAUGGAGUAUGUUGAGAUAAAACAAAACUGGAGAACAGGUAUACUGGAAGGAACUGAGAUCACCCUUUGUAACAAACUAUUACUGUUAUAAGAAUUAGAAACAUUUUGAAAAGAUAAUACAUAAAGCACAAAGUUACAAAAAACAUUGUCUAACUCAUUCAAGACUAUGGAAUCCUUUCAGACCCUUUUUAAAGUCUUUUUUCAUUUUAUUUGCUUAUUCCUUCUUUCAUCACACAAGACUGAAGAAACAUUCUACAGUAGAUGUAUUUAGCAUGAAGACACAAAAGAAGCCCUUCCACUUUUAAAUAACAAAUUCCAAAGAAUUCUUGACAAAUAAAAUGUGCAUAUUUAAUCUCCAUUCUUAUGACACUUGUUUUGUUACUCUUUUUAUUUGGUGUCUGUUUCUUUGAUCUCCCACUAACACAAUCAUUAGCUGAGCAAAAUGUGAUUGGGCCAAAGAUGUAAUACUAUGGAAUCCAUAAGAAGUGAUUAAUAAUUAAAAGAUAGGGGGUAAGUAUCUACUAAAACAAUAUUUAAAUUCCAUUACUAUUUUUGUACUGUUUAUAAGAUCACAGUCAGAACAAGCACUAGUUAUAAAUGCAAUUUUUGAGAAAUAUAAUCUACCGGUAUUUACACAUUUUUGCCGCUUUUGUUGGUAUUCAAAAACCAAAGAGAAAUUUACAUUCUACAAAUGGAAGUAUUACUUUGCUUAUUUUAUUUUUGGUAUUUGUUGAUAUCACAUUUACUGUGUAAGGAAAAAAAAA